AUAAACUAUAGUUUUUGUGUUUCUUUGUUGUAGGCCAUUGAAACUGCUCUGGACUGCCUGAAAAGUGCCAACACUGAGCCCUACUACCGGAGGCAGGCGUGGGAAGUGAUCAAGUGCUUCCUGGUGGCAAUGAUGAGUCUGGAAGAUAAUAAACACGCUCUUUACCAGCUCCUUGCACACCCCAACUUUACAGAAAAGACUAUACCUAAUGUCAUCAUAUCACAUCGCUACAAAGCCCAAGACACCCCAGCCCGGAAGACGUUUGAGCAGGCUCUGACUGGGGCUUUCAUGUCUGCUGUCAUUAAAGACCUCCGGCCCAGUGCCCUGCCCUUUGUGGCCAGCUUGAUUCGCCACUACACCAUGGUGGCAGUUGCCCAACAGUGUGGUCCUUUCUUGCUGCCCUGCUAUCAGGUGGGCAGCCAGCCCAGCACAGCCAUGUUUCACAGUGAAGAAAAUGGGUCGAAAGGAAUGGAUCCUUUGGUUCUUAUUGAUGCAAUAGCUAUUUGUAUGGCAUAUGAAGAAAAGGAACUUUGUAAGAUUGGGGAGGUGGCCCUAGCUGUGAUAUUUGAUGUUGCCAGUAUCAUUCUGGGCUCAAAGGAGAGGGCAUGCCAACUCCCUCUGUUUUCUUACAUUGUGGAACGCUUGUGUGCCUGUUGUUAUGAACAGGCCUGGUAUGCAAAGCUGGGUGGUGUGGUGUCCAUUAAGUUCCUCAUGGAGCGACUGCCUCUCACUUGGGUUCUCCAGAACCAGCAGACAUUCCUCAAAGCACUUCUUUUUGUCAUGAUGGACUUAACAGGAGAGGUCUCCAAUGGGGCAGUCGCCAUGGCAAAGACCACCCUGGAGCAGUUGUUGAUGAGGUGUGCGACACCUUUAAAAGAUGAGGAGAGAGUCGAUGAAAUCGUGGCCGCUCAGGAGAAGUCUUUUCACCAUGUGACACAUGACUUGGUUCGAGAAGUCACCUCUCCAAACUCUACUGUGAGAAAACAGGCUAUGCAUUCCCUGCAGGUAUUGGCCCAGGUCACUGGAAAAAGUGUGACAGUGAUUAUGGAACCCCAUAAAGAGGUCCUCCAGGAUAUGGUCCCACCUAAGAAGCAUCUGCUGAGACACCAGCCUGCCAAUGCACAGAUUGGCCUCAUGGAGGGGAACACAUUCUGUACCACAUUGCAGCCCAGACUUUUCACAAUGGAUCUUAACGUGGUGGAGCAUAAGGUGUUCUACACAGAGCUGUUGAAUUUGUGUGAGGCUGAAGAUUCAGCUUUAACUAAGCUGCCCUGUUAUAAAAGCUUGCCGUCACUUGUCCCUUUACGAAUUGCAGCAUUAAAUGCACUUGCUGCCUGCAAUUACCUUCCUCAGUCUAGAGAGAAGAUCAUUGCUGCGUUGUUCAAGGCCCUUAAUUCCACGAAUAGUGAACUCCAGGAGGCUGGAGAAGCCUGUAUGAGAAAGUUUUUAGAAGGUGCUACCAUAGAAGUAGAUCAAAUCCACACACAUAUGCGACCUUUGUUGAUGAUGCUGGGGGAUUAUCGGAGCUUGACGCUGAACGUUGUAAACCGUCUGACUUCAGUCACCAGGCUCUUCCCAAAUUCCUUCAAUGAUAAAUUUUGUGACCAGAUGAUGCAACAUCUGCGAAAGUGGAUGGAAGUGGUGGUCCUCACCCAUAAAGGGGCCAGAGGAGCGACGGAAAC